AUGGAAACCCCUCCCCCUUCCCCUCAAGGCUCUCCUCUCCAAGUUACUCCCCUCGCCAUUCAAGCCCCAAAUCCUGACUGCCCUCCACUACAAACCUCUCCUUCUCCCACUCAACCAUCCACUUACAAAAGGAAAAUUCGGUCCAAGAAAACCUGCCCCAUUGCAUCUGCACCCCCUCCCACAAAGCAAAAAGAAUCGCCCGCCACUCCUACUUCCAAGCCUCCACCCAAAAGCCCUAGAACUGCAACUUCUAAAGAAAAAGGGUCUAGUGCUUCUGCCUCUCACCCGCAAGCCAAGUUUCCCCCCUCAAGCAAGAAGAAACCUUUUGUGGCAACUUCAAAGGACAGGAAAGUGCAACUCACUAGGUACAUUUCUGAAGAUGCCCUCAAAUCUGUUGGUCUAUUUGAUAGUGUUGUUGCUUAUCUUGAUGGUUUAGAUUGGAUGGAUUUUGAGCAUAAAUAG